GGAAACACAUGGCCGCCUUAGUGUUUACAACUUCUCGUUGUGAGCUUGUGACUGAAACAAACUUCCCCUUCAGGAUGUUAAAUAUCUAUGUGAAUUAUUUGACUUCGCUGUAAGUGCGUGACGUUUUGCAGCCGCCGAGGAGGACAGUGCAAAACUACAAACAAAACAAGCGGCCAGGCAAGCUACAACGCGGGCGGGUGGGUGCUGUGAUGUCCUCAAACCCCAACAGACUCAAUCAUCCACACUGCAGGAAGAAGCACUAUCCUAGUAGCACUUACCUCACCCACGUCUGACAGCCAACGAGCAGACACAAAGCAUUUGGAUCCCGUGAAGAGUGCUGGACAGAGAUUUGAUUAAAAAAAGGAAAUAUGUCGGAUUCUGCUGGAGGCAGUGAGAGUGGAGGUGUGGGAGGUGUAGGGGACUCUGAGGCCGAGAGCGAGCCCCCUCAACAGGUCCCACCUGUACCACCUGAGUCUGGCCGUGCUGAAGUAGGGGGGACCUCAGAGGAAGGUGCCCCGCCGUCUCCCAAGAGAUUCAGAAUGAGUGAGGAGAAAGAGGUGCUGGAUGUGACUGUGGAGCCUCUAAAAGUGCAGAAACCAACGGCAGACUUGUCGGAGCAAAAUUCCACUUCAUCUGCACAAAGAGAAUUUCUACUAAGUGGGGAAGAAAAUCGAGGAGAGGAACAAGUUACUUUGCUUGAUCAAGGUGUUGAAAAGUGCCAUCAGAAUGGAGCUCAAGACCAUGAUGCCAAUGAAGAAGACUUGAGAGCAGAUGAAGAACCUAAUGGUAAUGGAUCUGCAGACAGCCCUGGUGUCAGCCAACACCUUGCCUUGGAUUUUACCCAGAAUCCUCAGAUGCUGACAGGUUCCUGGGCAGAAUACUCAAACUUCCCAGAGAAUUACCUUAAAGGCUGCAAAUGGGCCCCCGACGGUUCCUGUGUCCUGACCAACAGCGCAGACAAUGUGCUCCGCGUGUACAAUCUCCCUCCAGAGAUUUACAGCUACAACUGGGACUUGCUUCCUGAGAUGAGUCCAGUGCUGAGGAUGGCCGAGGGAGACACCGUCUAUGACUACUGCUGGUACCCCAAGAUGAACUCCCUUGAUCCGGACACGUGCUUUCUAGCCAGCAGUAGCCGUGACAAUCCAGUGCACGUGUGGGAUGCAUUUUACGGGGAGGUGCGAGCCAGUUUCCGACCCUACAAUCACCUGGACGAGCUAACGGCGGCCCAUUCACUCUGCUUUUCGCCGGACGGAACACAGCUCUACUGUGGCUUUGACAAAACUGUCAGGGUCUUCUACACCGAUCGACCCGGAAGAGACUGCGAGGAGCGACCCACCGUAGUGAAGAAGCAGGGCCAGAGCGGGAUCAUCUCCUGCUUGGCCUUCAGCCCCUGUCAGUCGGUGUACGCCUGCGGCUCCUACUCCCGCUGCGCCGGCCUCUACUCCUGUCAGGACGGCACCCUGCUGGCUCUGCUGCCGACCCGACACCACGGCGGCCUGACCCAUCUGCUCUUCUCCCCCGACGGCAACUACCUGUACACCGGAGGGCGCAAGGAUCCUGAUAUUCUGUGCUGGGACCUGAGGGAUCCGGGGAAAGUUGUUUUUUCUCUCAAGAGGAAUGUGGCCACGAACCAGCGCAUCUACUUUGAUCUGGACCAGUCAGGCAGGCACCUGCUGAGUGGAGACACAGAGGGAGUGGUGUCAGUGUGGGAUGCUCAGGCUGCUCCUCCCGAUGGUAAUGAGGAGCUCCUCCAGCCUCAGCUCACAUUCAAGGCCCACUGGGACUGCACCAAUGGCAUCAGUAUUCAUCCUUUCAUGCCUCUGCUGGCCACGUCCAGCGGGCAGCGGCAGUUUCCCUGGCCCGGCGACAGCGAGGGCGACUCGGCCUCCGACACUGAGGGCGCUGAAGCCGUGAUGUCACAGCCGGAGGUCCAGCACGACAACGCCUUGAGCCUGUGGUGGGCCGGACCGCUCGGCCCCCCCGCUGAGGAGAGCCAGAACCAGAGCUCAGCAGUGCUGGAGGCCUGAGGCCCACACAAAUUCACUUACACUGGACACGUGGCUUCUGUUUAGGGGAUGUUUGCCAACAGCUGAAAACUGGUCCGUCUUAAUGUUUUUGUUGCCAUAUAUGUGGCGGGGGAAAUCAUUUUUAAACAGCCGGUUUAGAGUCCUGAUCCUAGAUGACGUGUUACUUUACCAUAGAUACACAGAGUGCUCUGCAUUAUAGGAAAGCAGCCUUAUAAACGGGGCUCAGAACAAUCCGGGCCAUUAGAAGGCUGUUUAAGUCUCAUGAAGCUGUGUUUACGUUUAUUUUCAUUUUAAUUCCAUGAUCUGCCUCUUUUGAUUUCACAAGUGUGUAGUGAAAGCCCGGGACUGUGUUGUGAAGCAGCUUAGUGUCUUAUCUUCUGAUCUGAGCUGUAACCGUGGGAGUGUUUGUGUGUGUUUGGCUGUAAUGCUGCCCUGGAGAUUCCUCUCUGCUAUAGUAACAGUAAGUGCCAUUUGUUCUCGAGCUUUGCUUUUGUAAACUGAGGGGAUCUCCUGUUUUUUAACUGUGUCUUUUAAAGUAACUGAUGCACCAAGUUUUGUCGCCUUGUGCAUGCCCACAGAUAUGUCUAUUUUUGUAAAGCCAUAAUGAUUCUUUGAAUGUAUUCUCUCCAAGCAGCUAGCUUAACCCUACAUCAGUAAUCUUUGGAAAUAUUUGCUUUGUAGGUGUACAUGGUGAACGAAAAGAAUUCAUUUUUUUUCUAAAAGUUUUGCUCAGAUUACAUUAGUGUUUUUGAGUGAGAGGUGGCACAGCAGCACAAAACACAUCUUGUUAGAAUAACUGAACGUGUUUUUUUUUUCUCUCUUCCACAACACUUUUGCUGCUGAUAGCAGGUUAGCUUUGCUGACAGGCGUAUUUGCAGGUUUGUUAGAUUCUCUUCACGCUCCGGUGAAAGCUGGGUUUCUUUAGACAUUGAGAAACAAAUCCUUUUUUUUAAACCGUCUGCAGAGUCAGGUUUCACUUCUUGGCAACAAACGUGUUGCCAAACAAUACUUCAAGAAUUUCUGCCUACCAGUAUGCCACGUAGCCCCUAAGAUGCCAAAUAAGUCUCCAGAUUAAUAUCUCUGUCUACAAUCGGUUGUUUUCUUUUUUCUUUUUGUCUGAAGCUGGAGUGGAUUAAAAUCAUAUCUCCUUACAGAUUCUUUGACUUUUUUCGGAGCUUUGUUAAAGGCACUUUAAAGCAGCGUGAUGAAUGU